UUAUACUUUUUUUUUUUGUCAUCAAGAUAAAUAGACUUGAUUAAGAGUUUAAAACUCUGCUAGCCAAAAAAAAAAUAUAAAUAAAUCCCUAAAAAUGUAGUACUGCAUAUGUUAAUUGACACUUUAUUUUAAGUUUACUGCAUUGUUAGUUGACUUCUUGAUUCGAUUUGCGUAGCUCAUAAUUUCAUUAUGUUUUUAUUUUUUGGUUUGUAAAUUAAUCAUGUGCUACGGGGCCGGUCUACUCGAAAUAAAGUUUGUUUAUCUCAAUCAUGGCCCAAAAAUCCUGAAUCUGCUCAACGUAGUUCGACACGUAUCUCUAGGUUCAUCACACUCAGAUUCUCAGUGACCUCGUUGUUCGUGUCAUCUGCUUUCGCCCACCACGUACCAUGCAUCCAGUCUCCAUCCAUUUCUCAACUCUUUCCAUCUGUCACUAUCGGGCACAACCAUUCCACAAAUAUCAUAUCCCGACCUGAAAACUAUUAUAUAACGACCGCAAGACCAGAACCCAUGUUCAUGGGCGUGAUCAUGUUACUUGAGAAACAGAUUUCACAAGAUAAUGUUUUAAAUUCGAACAUUUCAGAUAAAAAUAAGCAUUUAUUAAACAUUUCAGACCAAAAAUCUACCAAGAAGCCACGGUUUCUGUUAUCAAGUUUUUGAUAAAUUAGAAGCGGCUUUGAGGAAAAACAUGCACUAUCAAGAACAGAUGGAGUCUCUUAUGUUGGGUGAAGAACGCAAACGCGGAAAUUGCGUUAGGGACGCAGAUGCAGAUGAAGGUUUUAUAUCUCCCUCUUCUUUUCCAAACUCUCCUGACGAUUCGGCCCGUCGUGGUUCAUUUUCUUUAAGGAGAGGACUGUCUAAACAUUACAAAGGUAAAUCACAAUCAUUCUCUUCGUUGUCGGAAGCGCUAACCGUAGAAGAUCUCGCGAAACCUGAGAAUCCUUUCAACGCAAAACUAAAGCAGCGACGGGAGAACCUUCACUGUCGUCGAUUCUCCGGACCUGGCGGCGCAUCAGAGAAAAACUUAGGCGGCCAAGACGAUUUCCUAGCCGGAAACGAUAGGCAGCCGCGACUUUCUGGUAACAGGCCGCCUAGAGCCCAGACGCUCUCUGCCGCUCAUAUAUCGUCUUUGGUUACUCGAAGCUAAGCCGAAACGUUUUAUAGAUUAUUCUCUCUAAAGGAACUAGGUUUCGUUUGGGACGAUGUUUCUUGUAGCGUACGUCUUCUAAAUUGUAUGUGAAUGUAUAAGUAUUUUGA